AUGGCGAAUCGCUGGGAGAACCUGCUGUUGGAGCUGACGGAUGAGCUGCACCGACUUUCUGCAAAAUUGCAGGUAUUGGAGCUCGAGAAUCAGAAGCUGAAGGAGCCUGGAGCUCCCGAGCUAGGCAGCCAGGCCUUUGUCCGGGCUCCCAGCCCCGACGAUGGUCCUCCGGAGCUUCCCGCGUCGAGUCGGCGGGCCUCCUCAUCAAGCUCUGGGAGCGCCGGUGCAAAUCUUCUGGGUGGGAGUUUGCCGCUCAACAUCCGGGGCACAGCCUCCGCUACCCUCCGGGAAGAGCCAGAGCACAGGAAUGGCAAUGAGGUGGAUCUACUGAAACCAACGAGUAGCCUACGGAGCGACGCAGCGGAGUCGACGAUGCCAACCUUCUCCGCGGUGACCGAGGACCUGGGUACCGGCUCACGCGCUUCCGCUCUCAUCAAGGAAGAACGGAUGCAGUUCAUGAUCAUGCGAGCUCAGAAGACCAAGAACUUCGUCGCAUUAAAGCCGUGGUACAUCAUCAAUCCGGACAGCAGCGGCCUUGCAAACACCUGGCAACUACUAACCAUGUGUGCUUUGGCCUUCGUCGGGCUGGUGACGCCUGUGCAGGUCGGCUUGCUCAAAGUGGAGUUUGGGCUGCUCACAGUUCUCAGCCUUGCGGUGGACCUGGUCUAUGUCGUCGACAUGGUUCUGCAAUUUUUCACAUCCUACCCAAGACGGACAGCACGCGGAGUGGAGUGGGAAGUGCGACUGCCGCGAAUCACGAUUCACUACUUGAAGACUUGGUUCAUUCUGGAUUUCGUGACCCUCAUCCCUUUUGACAUCAUAGCUCUGACUUCCGGCGUCGAAGACGUGAAAGAGCUGAAUGGUGUGAAAGCCAUACGAGUCUUGAGGCUCGUGAAGCUGUUUCGCGUGUUGAAGACGUCAAAGUUCACUCACAAGUACGAGAUCCCGUACUCCAUUCCAUACCAGCAGGUGACCUUAUUUAAAUUCUUGUUGAUGCUCAUCCUGGUGUGUCACUGGCUGGCCUGCGUUUGGGCACUGACUCUCCAGCUGGUGAGCAGCGACCUUCCUCAGUGGAUAGACGAGGUGGAAGCAGAGGACCUGGAGUUCGGCAUCCAGACGCGGGACUCGCCGGUGAGCAUGUACAUUGCUUCGUUCUACUUCUGCAGUUACACGAUGACGUCUGUGGGGUACGGCGACUUCGGUCCGAGGAAUAUUCUGGAGCGGGUUGUGUGCACCGUCAUUGUCAUGGUCUCUGGGUUGCUUUGGGCCUAUGUCCUGGGACAGGUUUGCGCCAUCGUGGCAGACAUGAAUGCCGAGAGCCAGGGUUUCAAGCAGAAGAUGCACCAUCUAAACCAGAUGAUGCACACCCAAUCCAUCCCACAAGAGCUGCAGCGCCGUGUUCGCAGCUUCUUCCUGCACAACAGGAACCAGGCGCUCUACGUCACACAGCAGCAGCUCCUGGAGAACAUGAGUCCGCAGUUGCAGGCAGAAGUCUGCACCGCUCUGACAUUACCCUGGCUGGAGAAGGUGACAUUCUUCGGGCAGUUCAUGCGCUUGAUCCAAACCUUGGAGACCCGCGGAGUCCACACAAUGCGCUACCGCGCCUGCAUCGCGGAUAUCUCUCGACAGCUCUUGCCCGUGGCCUUCGCGCAGCAGGAAAGCUUCGACAACGUGCAGGAGCUUUUCAUCCUUUCGAAGGGCCUGGUGGCCCUGAACAGCAGGGUGGAAGGCGGUGGCGCAGUCUGGGGCGAAGAUUUCGUCCUGUCGGAUACUUCUUUGAUAAGACCCGUGGCAGGUUAUGCUCUGACGUACAUCGAGGUGUUGAUGCUCACGCGUGAGCGUUUUAUGGACGUCAUCGAGCGACGGAAGCUCACAUGCCCUCAGCUCUCGAUGAUCGUGCGCCGCUACUGCGUGCGUGUGGCCGUGCCUGGGGCUGCAUGGAGGUGUUUGCCGGGCUUCUGGACAGAGAAGGUGAGAGAUCAGGAAGAGCCGGAAUGGGGUGUCAGAAACCAGCGCAUGGCUUUGAGUACCCUUUUGCCUGGCAGCAACAGUCGAUGUUCGGCGGGUUUUGUGCCAUGGUCGGGCAUUGCUAUAAAGACCUGUGCUUGCUGUCGUCACCUUUUGGUUUAUCUCAUUGAUCACCCAAAAACGCGAAACCCCGAAUAUACUUGCAAACGUUAUGUGUUGUCCAGUGCAGCUUUGCGCAGCGAGUCCGCAAUAUCUGUGCCGAACAGAGUUCUCGAGCAUCUAUCAUAUCAGCAUAGGUCAACCCUUACGAAAACUGGACAAUGCAUGUAA